AUGGUGACGGUCGAGUACGACUAUCUCGCCGUCCUAUACGCUCUUCUCGCUUCGGUUGCUUUCGUGCAACUGAUUCGAAUCCAAAAAAGGAACUCGAUUGUUUGGACGACGCAAAAAUCGUUCGUCGUUUUAAACUUUUUCGUCAUGUCCGUUCGAGCCGUGGUGUUUGCUAUUCGCGAGAGGCUGGACGAGAUUGAACCGAGAGUGUUCGCUUCCAUCUUACUCGAUUUACCCGGGUUGAUAUUCUUCACCACAUAUUCGCUCCUCAUAUUGUUUUGGGCGGAGAUCUACGAGCAAGCGAGGUCGAUAUCUCCUCAAACGAGAAACCUAAGGUUCAAAUUUUUCGUCUUGAACGCUUUCGUGUACGUCGCCCAAGCGGUGUGUUGGAUAGGAGAAGCAAAGAGUAGCGGUUCGAGCAGCGCAAAGACAAGGAGCGUACAAAACGGGUGGAUCUUGGCUGCGGCGGUGAUUCGAUUGUCCGCCUUCUUAGCGGCAUCGAUUGGGUUUGCCACCUACGGAGGACUUUUGUUCUUCAUGCUGAGAAAGUUUCCAAACGACGCGGUGGGAAAAUCUCGAAAGCUUUUUGAAGUCGGAAUCGUCACGGCUUCGUGUACCGCGUGUUUUACGUUCCGAGCGAUGUGUAUUUUAGUCGCCGCAAUAGCACCACAAAAGUUCCCUCUGGACGUAGUUACCGGUGUGAAGUUGAACGCCAUAUAUUACAUCGUCUCGGAAAUCGCGCCGUCGGCCAUGGUUCUCUUCGCUUUGAGGAAGUUACCGCCGAAACGAAGAAACAAUCAAAGAAGAGAAGGAAGAACGGAUUUAGACGACGUCAGCGACGAAGAAGUCGACGACGAUGACGACGAUGACGACGAGGAAGAAGAGGAAGAGGAAGAGGAAGAGGAAGAAGCAGAAGAGAAAGAGAACGAAGUUGACGAAGAAGAGGCGCUGUUGCAGAGAGGUAAUAGCUCAUGA